AUGCACCUAGAGGUUCGGCAAUGUACCGAGAACGACAUCCCCCGCGUCUUCGAGAUAGUGUCCUUGGCCUUUGCCAACGACCACGAAUUUGUCGAUGCAGUCUUCCCUGAGCACAGCACCUCCGAAGGCCGCAAGUUGGGUAGCGAGCGUAUGCUCGCUAUGUUUCAUGGGGAUCCUUAUAGCAUCUUCCUGAAGUGCAUCGACACGAACACUGGCCAGAUUGUGGCGGCUGCGAAGUGGAAUGUCUACAAGGACGGCCCUGUCCCGCCGCUGCCUGAGCUUGGUGGCGACUACUGGAAGAACGAUGAGGAGAAGAGAUUUGCACAAGCUAUCUUUCGUAGCUUUCUUGCGCCGAGACAACGAGCUAUCGAGGAGAGCGGCGCAAGAUUGGUUGCACUUGAUAUGUUGAUGUGUGAUCCUGAGUUCCAAUGUCAGGGAGCGGGGAGACUACUAGUAAGAGCAGGUCUUGCUAUUGCUGAUGAGAUGGGUGUCGAUGUAAGUUGUGGCUUUACUUUCUUUUGUUACCCCAUCAAGAAAAGAUCAAAGGCUUAUUCAAUGAUACAGGCGGUCGUAGAGGGUUCGGAUCGAGGCAGAAGACUUUACGCGUCAGAGGGCUUUGAUGGCCCCCAUUAUGUGUGUCCCGUACCUGAUGAGUUCGCCGCACGGCGUAAACAGACGUACUGGUGGAUGAGGCGACCCAAGACCAGUAUCUAA